GACCCGAUGCGUUCGCCGUAAAAAGGGUCGAUCCAAGCUUUGGUGCGACCUCAUUGGCUUCGGGCUCUUCCUUUAGCAGGUUAUCGCCCGAGACAAUCGCUGAUCUCUCUCUUUUCCCGUUACAAGGGCAUCUGUGGAUUUGGGGCCAUAAUUUAUUGAUUUGAGUUUUGAAGAUCUUUGAACAAGGGAAUUGGGGAACCAUGAAUUCUAAUGCUAGAAGAAUGGACAAUUCAGGAAUGGGUUCUGUGAACCAUAACAAAUUCGAUUUCGAUUUUGGGUUAGGAGGAGCUUCCUCAAAUAACCAGGCCACAAAACCCUUGAGUAAUAAAAGACAACAGAAUCCACCUUAUAAACCCUCUUGGACUCACCAGCCCAUCUCUAACCCUGCACCCAAACCAACCCAAUAUGGGUCUAGUGGGUCUGGACUCUCAGGCUUAUCGAACCCCACUUCUAUGGUGGGUGAUAUUUUUGGGAAGAGCUGGACUACUUCGACCCCUUCAAGCUAUAAAACGAGCGGGUUAGUUGGAGAUUCCAAGGCCAAUUUGUUUGGGGAUUUACUUGGGCCUGCUUUAGGACAAGGGAAGAGUAAUGCUCCUCUUAAGGAAACAGCCCCCAAGAAUUCUUUCUCAAUGGGAAACUUAUCUGAUGCUCUUCCAAAGUCCACUCCUUUAAAGAGUAGUAGUAGUUGGGGUUCAGUGGAAAGUUUAGGAAGUCUUCCUAGCCAACAGCCCAUGAACAAGGGUAAUAUUAACACCAAUAGCCCUUCAGACUCUAUGACGACUGGUAUUGGUGCUUCAAAGAGUGACCCUUUUGGUAAUUUAUUUGACUUUGGGUCGAAGUCCUCCCCGGCCUCUAUAGGACAAAAAAAUCCAUCUUCUUCCAAGACCAAUGCUGCGUUUUUCGGAGAUUUUCAGAAGGCAUCCCCGGUAAACCAGUCUUUUGCCUCGAACCCAAUUCCAGGCAUGGCUGGAGGCAAUAUGUUUAGUGCUGGUUCUGCUACUAAGAGCUCAGAUCCUUUUGCUGGGGUAUCCUCAAGUUCGAAUUUAAGACAGGCAGAUGCUUUUAGUAUGCCAACCCAUGAUUUCUCUUCUCAAAACCAGGCUCCAAAGAGCAAAAUUGAUGAUCCCCUUGAUACUCUAUUUUCUUCGUUAACGUCAUCAGCUCCUGUUGUUGAAAACCCACAAAGCCAGGCCUUUUCGGGGGAUGACGAUUGGGGUUUGGGUUCAGAGUUUGGUGGGAAUGAUGAGGGACCAACAACUGAGCUUGAGGGACUACCACCUCCACCUGCUGGUGUCUCAGCUUCGAUGGCCAAAAGCAAAGGGAUAGAUAAUCAGAAACAGGGUCAGUAUGCUGAUGCUAUAAAGUGGUUAUCAUGGGCUGUUACACUGAUGGAAAAGGCAGGUAAUUCGGAUUCGAUGGCAGAGGUUUUGAUGAGUAGAGCAUCUUGUUACAAGGAAGUUGGGGAGUACAAGAAGGCUGUCGCUGACUGCUCCAAGGUACUGGAUCAUGAUACAGCUAAUGUGUCAGUGCUAUUACAGCGUGCCCUUCUCUAUGAGAGCACUGAAAAGUACAAACUUGGUGCUGAGGACUUGAGAAUGGUUUUAAAAAUUGAUCCUGGGAACAGAUUGGCGAGGAAUACUUUACACCGUUUGGCAAAGUUGGCUGACUAAACAUUGCCAGAAUUGUUUGAGCGUAUUGUUUUCUCACGUCCUUUCAAUAAUCUUUCUUUUCAUUUUGAUAAUUGAUUUUCUACACAUUUUGGUCCUGUAUUCGGUUGAGACUUAAAAUGCCCGCUGAGAUGCACUUGAAAAGGUUUCUUUGUGUAGUAGAUAUCUGUAUGUGUGGGGUUUGAUAGAUGCCAUGCUGUAUUUCUAUCUAGGAAGAGUUGUUUGAGUUAUGUACUAUUAUUUGAUAAUAUUAAUGGAAAUCAAUGAGGUGCAUAAUAUUUGGAUU